GCCCGCAGCGUUUGUCCCUGCCCGGCUGCCGUCCGAGAAUGGCAGAACAACACAGAACUGUCAGAGACAACUUCUGCUUUCAUUGCUCUGCACUGAUUUGAAUAUAAAAACACCGCAGCUCGGUUGUUUCUGCCGCGGCAGUUAGAGACGGUUGACCGCACUCACUCACUCGCUCACUAACGGACGCCGCCGCUGUCCGACCGUUGGCGGCGGUGCUCCGGCGUUCGAACCGUGACCGUUGGCGGCGGUUGAGAAUCUGAAGACACAUAAACAAGAGAGGCAUCAGAACAGGACAGAAGAUUAUCUUUAGUUCCUGCAAACUGAUUUAUUGUUGGGAAUGAACAGAAGAAGAUGCCUUCACUGUCCUGUAGGAUGGAGAGUCUGAAGUGAUGGAGAACAGAGAGGAGGGCCCUGCAGAUGAGCGGGCCGCCACACCUCCAGAGCGAGGCCUGCUCCACAUCUGGCAGUCGGCAGGCCCCUCUGCACACCGCGGUCCAGAGAGAGUGCUCCUGUCUAGGCCUGUACUGCAGGCCGCCCUGGGAGAACACCAUGGACUCCUGCUCACACAGGGUGGUCUGGUGUAUUCAUUCGGUGAGCUGCUGUGGAGAGAUCUGAGCGUCCCGGUGUCGGCUCCGGUGCUGGAGGUCUCUCUCCUGGGGAGGAUGGUGGUCCGUGUGGCCGCCGGCGGCUUCCACUGCGGAGCGCUGAGUGAGCAGGGUAACGUCUACAUGUGGGGCGAGAACACCGCAGGACAGUGUGGGCUGAGUGAGAGGGGUACAACCGCAAACAUCACAGUUUCAGAGCCGUGCCCGGUCUCUGUGGUGGACAACGAUGUCGUUCCUCCAGCAGUGGUUAGGGUUGUGGAUCUGGCCUUGGGACGCGAGCACAGUCUGGCUCUGUCGGCCCAGAACGAGCUGUGGGCGUGGGGCAGCGGCUGCCAGCUUGGUCUGGUCACCAGCACUUUCCCCGUAUGGAGACCGCAGAAGGUGGAGCACUUGGCAGGCAGACACGUCAUUCAGGUGGCGUGUGGCGCCUACCACAGCCUGGCCCUGGUUCGCAGUCUGCCUCCACAGAACUACAAUACCCAGACUCCUUCUGAGAAGAGGGAGCGAGGCCACUCGGUGACAGAGAGGGAGGAGCUAUUUGCAGUCGAUGGCGGUCACUACUGUCCACUCGGAGUGGAGCUGACUGAAGCCAUGACAGGCGAGACCUCUCCCAGAAGAAGAGGCGCCAGACGAAGCCUCCAACCUGGGGGAAGGUCAGCUGGCAGCAGCCCUGGCUCUGCAGCCGGUUCAUGUCCGUUUUCUGAAGACGGGAAAGCGAACACUAAACAGAAGAACCUUCCAGUUGGCACCGACAGCGAUCCCCUGACUCAGACAGACGGCAGCCCCACGUCCCGCCCACUGUCGGGCUGGAGAUCCAAGAAGAACUCUGCAUUCCCCGAUGAAACGGAGCUUCAGAACCUCCUCCAGAAACUCUCCAGUCAUUCAUUGGAGAUGCGCCACACCUCCGGGCCUGGAGAUACCGACUCACUGAGCAGUUACACUUCAGAUGAGAGCUGUGUUUCCUCGACUCCUUCCACGGAUCUGUUGACUUCCAGUUACAAAGAAGAGUCGCUAAUUAAGAGUCAAAACAACAAUAACAGUGGAGUGGCCCUGCCGUACUCCUCCUCUCCAGUGUGUUUGGAAGACGUUCGGCUUUGUCUUGAAGCGGAGAACAAGGCGCUGCAGGGGCAGAAGAGCUCCAGUCUGACGAAUAUAAACCAGAAGGGGAUUGUAGCAGCAAACAGGAGACUCUCCCUGCCUGGAACACCCACCCGUGGUAGGAAUGGGUCUCCACGGCGACGGCGGCCUUGUGCGUGCAGGCCAUCUUCUGCUGGUUGGACCCCGGCUGCAGCACCGGAGGAGGCUGGAGACGGGCUGCCGUGUCUGGAGACAGAGGUGUGGAGCUGGGGCCGUGGGUCUGAGGGGCAACUGGGCCACGGAGAUCAGCUCGCCAGACUGCAGCCUCUGUGCAUCAAGCCUUUGACAGGCGAGGAGGUGAUCCAAGUCGCGGCGGGGUCACACCAUUCACUGGCUAUCACCGCUCACUGCCAGGUGUACUCGUGGGGCAGCAACAUGUGUGGGCAGCUCGGACACGUCAACAGUCCUGUCACUGUACCACAACAGGCGAAGCUGUCUGACGGCCUGCGGGUUUGGGAUUUGUCGGCUGGUCAGAGCCACUCCCUCCUCCUCGCUGAUGGAGACUGCGUCCAGCCGGUCCUGUUGUACUGCGGCCAGCAGCAAGAGUCGGUGUCAUCAGCGCAGAGCGAGAGGUCAACGCAGAGUCGAAAGUCCUGCCAGAGGUCACCCAACAGAGCAGAGAGUUACACCGUCAGACCCGCCCUGCUGCCCUUCUGCAUAGAGAUGGGUUACAUUAGCAGUGUGAGCAGCGGUGGUCAGAGCUGUGCGCUGUUGGCAGACCAGAACGUCAUGGGUUUUAUCUCCGCUAUCCACGAGCUGGCCUCCAGAGAGAGACAGUUCUACUGCUGGUUGAGCAGGGUCAGGAAGCUCCUCCUCACGCCGCUGCGAACCAGAGAGAGUGUGUCUCCGUCGUUAGGGGAGUCGUGCACUCACCUCUUCUUCUCUCUCUGCGAGAGUUUUGGUCGUCUGAGCGUCCUGAUCGGUCGACACUCCACGUCACUCAGCUACUUCCUGCAUGAUGUGCAGGGUCGCGAUGUCACUUCCCUUCCCCUGCUGACGCACACGGAGCACUUUGUGGACGUCUAUAAGGAGUAUUGCUCUUCAGUAGGUAACUUCCAGGUGAUGGGUGGAUUCCAAUCACUCCAUAAACUCUCACUUGAGUGUUUAGGCUCUCAGCAGACCACGCUCGCUCAGCUGUGCGUAUCAGACCAGUCUGUCAGUGGUGAUGUUGACCUGGUUUCGUUGUUGUACUGGCCUCUGCAGCAGCUCCACCAGUACAGCCGAGUGCUGCUCAAACUGGCCGCCUGUUACGAUGUGUUAACUACAGAGUAUCAGACCCUCCAUCAGGGCUGUACUCAGUACGAGUCGCUGUCUUUGUCCCUGCUGAGGAAGAAGAAGGAGGCUGAAACCACCUUCCUCUUCUGGAAGACUCAUUCUGGAAAAACUACUGAGGUCCUGCGUCUCCCACAGCGCCGUUUGGUGUGUGACUGCAGCAACAGGAGUCUGACUCUGCAGAACGCCGGCCGCUUCUCCAACCACUGGUUCAUGCUGUUCAAUGACGCACUGGUGCACACACAGGGUACCAUUCCCUCUCAGAGCCUCUUCUCCACACAUCACAUCUAUCCUCUGACCUGUCUGUGGGUGAAACCAGUUACUGAAGACAGCAGCGGACUCUAUGCCAUCAAAAUUACAUGUCCAGAGGAGAGUUUCACUCUGGUGGCAACGACUCCACAAGAGAAGAACAAGUGGCUCCGAUCUAUUAACCAGGCGUUGGAUCAGGUGCUGGGAGGUGGAGGCCAGGGGUCGUCGCCAGGGGUGACGGGAAUAUCUCGCACGGCCUCCUACCAGUUCACUGGAGAGGGACGCUUUAAAGACGCCCAGUACACCGGGGGGUGGCUGGCAGGACGAGUUCAUGGCAGAGGCACCAUGAAGUGGCCAGAUGGACGGACCUACAGCGGGAACUUUAAGAAUGGACUGGAGGAUGGCUAUGGAGAGUGUUUAAUCCCUAACAAAGUGCUGAAUAAGCCAGACAGCUACCAAGGACACUGGAGAGAUGGCAAGAUCCAUGGUUUCGGCAAGUACAAGUAUGCCAGUGGCGAGGUGUACGAGGGCUGUUUCAGUGACGGGCAGCGGCACGGUUACGGCAUGCUGAGCUCCGGUAAGCUGGCCAAGAAGUCCUCGAGUGUUUUCAUUGGCCACUGGGUCCAUGACAAGAAGACAGGAUACGGAGUAUACGAUGAUAUCACCAGAGGAGAGAAGUACAUGGGACUGUGGUUGGACGAGCAGCGGCACGGCAGCGCUGUGGUUGUCACCCAGUACGGUGUGUACUAUGAAGGGACCUUCAGAGACAACAAGAUGAGUGGGCCAGGUCUGUUGGUGUCAGAUGACGACACAGCUCUCCACGGGGAGUUUACUGACGACUGGAUUGUCAAUGGGAAGGGUGUUUUAUCCCUGGCUAACGGAGACUGCUUGGAGGGCAUGUUCAGUGGCGAGUGGACCGCGGGGCUGAAGGUGGUCGGGACGUACACCAAACCAGUCGUCGAUGAACCAGACAACAAGGAGAGAAACUGCCUGCUCAGGUUGGGUCAGUACGUGGUGCCUGCGGCUCAGAGGUGGCUGUGUGUGUUUGAUGAAUGUUGGAGUCGGCUGGGCUGUGACGGCGCUGGGAGAGGAGAGAGGACGACGGCCUGGGACAACAUCGCUGUUACUAUAACGACUGCACGGCGACACAGCCCGGACCUCAGCCGGUCUCAGACCAAAGUGUUGGAGUGUUUGGAGUUUAUUCCUCAGCACGGAGAACCGGUCAACACCGCGAACUACGACAACAUACGGAGAUACCUCAUCAAGGCGUGUGAGACUCCUCUCCACCCUCUGGGCUGGCUGGUGGAGACGUUGGUGACCGUCUACAGGAUGACUUACGUCGGUGUGGGAUCCAACCGCAGGCUGCUCAGGCAGGCCGUCCAGGAGGUUCAGGCCUACCUCACACAUUUCUACAGCAUUGUCCGGUUUCUGUUUCAGGGGUUACCAGAUGAUGGCGGCAUCAUCCCAGACCCUCCUGCCUCGCCAUCUAAAAGCAGACACAACUCUAACAGUGUAGAGCAAGGCAGUGUUUUGGUGGUGUGCUGCUCCUCUCUGCUCCUCCCUCUGCUGCUCCCUCGACUCUACCCUCCACUCUUUACCCUGUACUGCCUGCAGGAGGAGCAGGAGGAGGCCCAGUACUGGGACCGCAUCCUCAGACUCAACAAACAGCCCGACCAGUCCCUGCUCAGCUUCCUGGGAGUGAAGGAGAAGUUCUGGCCUGUUUGGAUGUCAAUUCUGGGAGAGAAAAAGCAGAUUGUGUCGAGCAGUAAAGACGCCUGCUUUGUUUCCGCUGUAGAGACGCUCCAACAAAUCAGCACCACCUUCACUCCGUCAGACAAACUCCUCGUCAUCCAGAAGACGUUUGACGAGUUGACCCAGGAAGUAAAACCUAUGCUGGACGACAACUUCCUGUGGUGCAUGGAUGACCUGCUCCCUCUCUUCCUCUUCGUGGUACUCAGGGCGCGGAUCAGGAACUUGGGAGCUGAGGUCAGUCUGAUAGAAGAUUUAAUGGAUCCCAACGUUCAGCACGGAGAGCUGGGACUGAUGUUCACCACACUGAAAGCCUGCUACAUCCAGAUCCAGCAGGAGUCCAUCACAUAGGAGCGGACAGGAAGACGACACAGUCACAAAAAUAAAAGAAGGUGGAAACAGCAAACGACUGCCAGGAGCUGCCAGAACAAACACCAGUCACACCAGCAGUACUCUUCUGGAGGAAACUGGGAAGCUGCACUGAGGCUGCACAGACAGAUGGCAGCAGGAGGGUAGAGCGUUACUCUUUCACCUUCUGUAACAAUAUUGUCUGACGCCUCGUUCUCUGUUGAUCCUUUUAGUUUGUUACAGCACGCCAAAGUUCUUUCUUUUGUUUUUAUAAGAAGGUAACACAUCGCCAUCUUCAGGCCAUUGUAGAAAACUGCAUCUCCUUAACAUUUGGUAGUACAGUAGAUAUAGUCAGUAAUUACAUCUGCUGACUUUUCAUUUCAAGUCCAGUAAUAUUCACCAAGCACAGAACGGUUCUCAUGACUUUACAGUAUUUCUUUAUUUUACAGUUCACACAGUGUACAGCGAGGGGUUUGAUCUGCUUUCUAUCAGGAGUCAAACACUCAAAGCAAAAGGGAACUGACGAAUCACGUUACUGGUUACAAUACUGAUGUGAAUAGUUAGUGGUCAAGGACUCCUCAAGGGAACUUUAAGGGUUUUAAAGUGUUCUCAACAGCAGAUUAAUCAAGGAAAUCUGCAAGCACAGAAAAUACACUAUUAAAAAUAUCAACAUUUAAUGAAAAAACUUGUAUGUAACAGUAUUGAUCAUGCAAACAUAAAUUAUGUACAAACCGUUUUUACUUUGCAUAUAAAUCAAAAUAUUCUCAAUUUCAGUCGCAUCCCUUAAACUAAUUUAGACACGUUUACAUGCAGGAGAAAUCGUUAAAAAACAUCACAUUAAACACUCCUGCAACCACGAAGCAGUUUGUCUCAGGUCUGAACUUCUUCAUAUUCAUAACUAACAUACAGCGAACUGACCACACGUCACUACAGAGGGAAAUGAUUUUGCACUUAAAACAAUUAGUGAGGGAACAAUUAGCCCAAACAUAAAGAAAACUUUCAUUCCCUGUGUUUAUUUUUCAUGCAGUGUUUGUUAUUCUGUUGAGUGUUUGUGUGUGAGAGGAGGAAGACUUUUAAUGUUGCACUGACGUCGUAGAAUCCAAGUUAUUGUACAAAAUAAAUAUUCCACAUUAUGUUUUCAGUCCUGUUUCGUGAGCAGGACGUGACAGAAACUCUCCACAGAUUUCAGUCAGUGCCUGAAUUAAACCAAUUCAGCUCAACUCUAACCACCACAACAACCGCCUAAACUAAACCACGCACCAGCCAAUCAGAGGCAGAGGAGUAAAAACAUGUGGUUUUACGGGUGUUUAGGGGUGCGUACGUAGACCCAACAGCAGGUGGAGGUGUUGGUACCCAGUGUUGGUACGUGGCCCAUUUCAGGCACUGAUUUCAGUCAAAUGUGGAGGAAGUUUGGCCAUGAACAAAAGAGUGCAGUCUUUAAUUUUUAAAGGAUUAAUUCACAUUGCAAAACUACUUUCUUCUAGGAACUAAUGCACUUAAAUUAAUAUAUACCAGGAAAGUCUAUCACUGUGUGUGUUUUUAAUUCAUAAAUGUUUUAAUUUUAUAGCUGAUGAUUGAUUUGAAUACAUCUGUAUGUGUAAUACAUGGUCAGAUGCAGAGAUCUUUAAGGGAAUCAAAGUAAUUGUUUUUAAUAUCUAGUAAUAUAUUUUAAAACUUUCUUUGUUCUGGCAAAAGAGAAAGUUUAUGAUCACAUGAAACUCAGUCCAGAGAUUAUUAUUUAACAACACAAUCUUCAGAUCCCUUUUAAAUUAACUAUAUUACUUAAUUUAUUAAUAGAAUGUCAUUUAAAUUAUUUAUCAGAGAUAUAUAUUAAAAGUAUAAAUCAUUCGUCUUUUAUCAGAGAAUUUCCCUUAAACGCAGUCUGGAUUUUAAUUAAAACGAGGUUCAGUCCACCAGCAAUGACUGUUGAUAAAAUAAUCCACAGUAAUAAUAAAGGAAGCAUUUAUUAUAAAAAUGUGCUGCUGUCAUCACGUUACUGACUAUUAAUGAGCUUGUUUUUAUGUUGUCAGGAAUAAAACCAGCUACAAAAGACUCAGAUUGAACUGCAGAAUGCAACAAAUGCACUUCACAAAAACAGAAAAGUAUCUUGUUGAAUUAGAAAUCUGAUUGUUUUCUUUUCUGGUAAUUUCUGGGUUACUGAAAUGUGUUUGUACUGUAUUUAUUGUCAGUUUUUUGCACCAUAGAACCUGUAUCGAACAAUUAAAUGUUGUUUGUUGUUUGUGCUAUUAACACCACUGCAGUUUAGUGUAAUACAAAUUAAAGAAAAUAACGGUGGAUGGGACAAAAGCCUUCAGCCAACCUCUCUGGUCUUCAUUAAUAGCAGGUUAAAGGACAGUACAGAUGUUUUUCAUGUCUUAGCCCAAAUAUAAACAACUGAAUCCUUCAGUACUGCCAACCAUUUUUAAUCACAAACAGGAUCUGCUCGUAGAUUUCAGAUCAUCUCAGAAUAAGUCAAACUUUUGAGAUUUUAAAUCUGCACGAGAUCGAUCCAUCGCAGUCGAUACUCUUGCUGUAUUUAUUUUCUCAUUAGUGAUAUUGUAAUGCAGAUGUUAUUGCACUGAAAGGAACUAAAACCAAUCACUGAAAUGAUUUCUAAAAUGAGAAGUGAUAUAAAGCUCUUAUAAUUUCUACCAUUUGGGGUAAAACACGAUAUAAUCUAUUAAAAAAAAACUUAAUUUCUUGGAGGUUUCGGGCUUUGAGGCUUUAACCUGAAUUUAUGACCUGAGGUCCUUAUUUUUCUAACUAAGUAUAUUUUUGUUACUUCAUACAUUCAUAGGGAGAUGAUCAGGGGAACUGACUGCAGAGUGUUAAUUAGUUUUGAUGGAUAAAUGAUGAAGAUAGGAAAUUAAAAAUGUUUACUAGAAAACAAAGGGCAAUAAAUUUGGUUUAAUUCUG